AUGAAUAUUGAGUGGAAAUUAUAGAAUAUUGUCAAAGCCUUAGGUUUCUUUUGUUUAUUUACUAUGCCUCCAUAUGCAUUCUAUUGGAAAUAUAGUUCAAUGAAAAGUUUUGAAAAAGGAAUUUAUAAUGACUUUGACAGAGUGCACAGCAAAGGAAAAUCUUUAGCCGAUAUCCCAAAAAAAGAAAAAAUAUGA